UCAGACGGUGUCGUGAAUCCUGUAAUAUCACAUCGAUCAUCGUUCAGAAGAAAAAGAUUCAAGAUGAGCGGAGGAAUGCCAGAAUUGGGUUCGAAAAUCAGUUUAAUAUCGAAAGCGGACAUUCGUUACGAAGGCCGACUUUUUACCGUUGAUCCUCAAGAAUGUACGAUUGCUCUGGCUAAUGUGCGUUCUUUUGGAACUGAGGACAGAGAAACACAACUUCCUGUGGCACCACAGAACCAAGUCUAUGAAUACAUUUUAUUCCGUGGUUCAGAUAUUAAAGAUAUUCGAGUGGUGAAUAAUGUGAGUUCAAUCCCAAAUGAUCCAGCCAUUGUGCAGAUGACGGUGCAACCGUCUAUGAGCCAGCAGUCAUACCAACCACAGCCUAGUUAUGCUCAUCCAAUGAUGAGCCAGAUGGGCCCAAUGGGUGGGCAGUAUGGAACACCUUAUGGCAUGACAAUGGGUACCCCAAACUCACUACCAAUGGCCAAUGUCGACCCAUUACCAAAAGACCAAUCUCUGGAAGAUGGUGUAUUAGAUCUUAUUAGCGGUGGUUCACGAUCAACAACUCCAACAUCGUCCUUGCUGACAAGAAAAAGUCCCACUAUGGAUCAGGGGGUUCAGGUAAGCCAUCAGCAGCAGCAGCAACAACAAAGUGGCACUAUUGGGAAACUCGGUGACAAGACAAACAUGAGAACCAUUCAACCUACUCGUCGUGAUCAUGAUAGCCAUAAUAGCGGUAACAAGACAGGAGGCACUGUGUCACAGUACAACGACGCAAAGCGUGAUCCUAUGAAGCAGGAUGGCCAAAUGCAAGGUCAAGGAGCCCACACGCAAGGCGGUCGAGGAAAUCGUGGUGGUUGGAUGAAUCGUGGAAAUAUGAGGGGCAGAGGUGGACGAGGUCGCGGUGGCUUUAGAAGUCAACCUGGUAAUGCUGGUGCCAAACCGAAGAAUACACUGAAAUUCGACAUCGACUAUGAUUUCGAGCAGGCUAAUACUGAAUUCGAAGAAUUGAGAUCUCAGUUAGCGAAAACGAAGAUCGAUUCUGGUACUGACAAUGAAAAGAAGGAUGACAGCGGUAAUGAAACUGGAGCAGGCGAAGGAGAGCCUGAAGAGGAACCGGAGGUAGUCCAUUACGAUAAGUCGAAAUCUUUCUUUGAUAACAUUAGCUGCGAAGCUGUCGAGAGGAGUAAAGGUCGGUUCCAACGUACGGACUGGAGGACAGAGCGUAAAUUGAACUCUGAAACAUUCGGCGUGGCGUCAACGAGGCGCGGUAGUUUCCGUGGUCGCGGUUAUUAUAAUCGUGGAAUGGGCGGCAUGUACCGAGGUGGUGGUGCUGGCGGUUUCCGUGGUGGUUACAAAGGUUCUAGAGGCGGUAACCGCAAUCCAGCGAACCAACACCAACAGCAACAGAACAAUCCUGGCAGUCAAAACCAACGUACGAUCAACGAACAGUCGGCCACUCAAUCGCAGCAAAAUAGCCGCGUUGUAUCAUUUUGAAUAACGCAACGGGACACCAUAUAUGUAUAAGUAUUCACUUUAGAUUAAGAUUUUUACGAUACGUGCUCUGCUCUUAUGGACUGAUUUGAAUUUCGAGUUUAAGAAGGACUCACUGAUUCAAGAAAAUAAUAGAAAAGAAAGGUCAUG